AUGGCUGCUCUUAUAAGGAUGUCUGUUAAAAAAACGAACACAUUGGAAAUUGAUUAUUCAAGAUUUGAUAUAGGGGUGCUCGAUGACUCAUCAUCGACGAAGAAGCAAAUGAAAAUGGAUCAGUAUGGAUUCCGAGUCAUACCUCCCAAUGAGAAACUCGACAUCGACCGAACUUUAUUAAAAGCACUCAUCAUGAAUGGCGUACCAUUUCAAUUAGUGACCAAUUCUUUCUUCUUAGAUUUAACUCAAAAGCUAAAUCCAUCAUAUUGUCCACCGGAUAAAAUGAAACUUACUCGUCAAACUCUCACAAAUGAACUUCUUUACGUCGAGAAGAAGAACGAUUCGAUUCUUACGGAAGCGUCCUAUUUAACACUCAAUCUCGAUGGAUGGACUGAUCAAAGUCAUAGAUCCCUCUAUGAAUUCAGUGUUAUCACAGAAAAUCGUCGUGCCGUUGUGCUUGCUCUUGUGGAUUUGAGUGCUUACAAGCACAGUGCAGAAUUCCUACUCCAACGUCUCGAAGUUGUUCUACAUAGGGCGUCGACGACGUUCAAUAUCACUGAAAAAAUCAUCGCGAUUGUCACGGAUAAUCCAAAUGUGAUGGAAAAAUUGCGGAAUUUAUUCAUUGCGAAGCCAGCUUAUCGUCACAUUUUGGAGUUUCGAUGUUUCGCUCAUGCGAUCAACUUGAUUGCUGAAUUUCAAAAUGCUUUUUAUCUCACGUGUUUUUAUUUACAUCCAAAAUAUCGUGGAGCUGGUCUCCAUUCUGAAAGUCGAGCAACCGUUUAUCGUUGUAUUGCCGAAUACAGUAAACUUAUCGGCAACAGUUCAUCAAUAACAAAAAAUGUGAUUAGUGCUCUACAACGUUACGAAAUCAAAGCUGGAGCGUAUUCAUUGACUUACGGAAAGAAACGGCUGUUUUCUAUUCUGAGUUGGCAUCAUUCGAAACGAAGAAAUCGUUUAAGUCCAUUUACGUUGGAAGCAAUAGCCAAAAUUCAUACGUUCUACAAGCACAACUCGGAGGAUAUUCAAGUUGAUACUAAUGUGAUGGAAGAUGCUCUUGGUGACGAAAUUAGUUCAGAAAGUAAUCUUUCUGAUGUCACCAUUACUAAUGCAACCGCAGAUGAAUUUCAACGAACUAUGAGUGAAUAUCAAGAAAUUCUGCAAGAAAUGUCACAAUCGGAUGUGAUUGAUAUACAAUCUGUUGAUGAUAAUGAUCUACUUCAAAUGGAAAAAUUGUUAAACAAAGACGAUCAUGAUCUUCAUUCAUUGUUUGUUGAAGCUGGUCUUCUUGAUCAGCCAGACAAGUUGAAUAUCAAUGAAGUACAAACGACAACUGAAUGUGAUCGACAUAACGAUGAUUAUGAUGUGGAUGAUCUUUUGAAAGAUAUUAUGGCUCACUAA